GUGAGGAAGAGUAUGAAGUGAAAAGAGGUGAGGAAACACAUGUAGUACACUCCAAUAAGAGAGAAUGUACUUGUAGAUGUUUUCAGCUCACAGGUUACCCAUGUGUGCACGCAAUGGCAUGCGUGAAUACCUUUAGGAAGAGAGUUGAGAAUUAUGUUGAUGAUUGCUAUAAGGUUGAGACUUACAAUCAAGUGUAUGCUAAUAUCAUUCACCCUGUUCCUGGUCCACAUGACUUUGUGAGAACCCCUUAUGCACAACUUCUCCCUCCUACUGUGAAGAGGGCACCUGGUAGGCCAAAAACGAAGAGGAGAAAGACACCUGAAGAACAUGAAGAUGAAAAGAAGUCUACUAGGAGAGGACUAACACUGCAUUGCUCAAUUUGCGGGGAUGGUGGACAUAAUGAAAGGAGUUGUAAAGCCACAAGAAAUGCACCAAAACAAAGCAACCAAGCACAACCAGAACAAGGAAGCAACCGGCACAACCAGUUAUACCACACAGUUGCAUCUAGCCCACCAACACAGGAAUCACAAAUUUCUAGACUUACCAACCAGGUGCAGACAUCAGUUGUAUAUCCUUCUCAUACAUCUAUGAAAUGCAUGCAUAUUUUGCAACCUGUGAGUAAACCACCCAAAACUUCCAAAAGAGUUGCACCAAUAAAUGCUAAAAAAGGCACUGCAUCACAGAGGUAGGAUCUACAACAGUUCCAGGAGCAAUGCAUUGACUACUUGUCUCCCUAGUACACAUCCAGGCUGAGCGCAUCCAUCAACAAAUCCAAGAGCUUCAACUUCAACAACUCUAGACUCAAAGUGAAUAUAAAUCAGAAUGUUGAAUUUGUAGCUUUAAACUUUGUUUUGCUAGUAUUUUUAAGUAUCUUGAUACUGUGUUUUGG